AUGCGUCUCGCCGCUUUUUCGUUUUUGGCUGUUCCAGCCCUUGUCGCCGCCAAUGACCUCGAAGAUCUCUACAGCGAAUUACUGACUAUCUCCCCCACCGACGCAGCAGCUCUAAGCGAGUGGGAAGCAUCUUAUGCCCUGCUUGUAGAAAACUACUUUGGGUCGCUUUUCUCAAUGAUAAGCCUGCAAGACGGGCUUUUUCCAACCGUGGACGCAGAAUUGGAGAGCUACUUGCUGUCCCGUAUUGCUGUGUUGACUGAAGACUAUGUUGACGACGACACUUACACUGCGUUUGACGAAGAGGACAUCUAUACCGGGUUGCAAGACGACCUCCAAACUGUGUUUGACGGUCUUUUCACUGCGUUUGACGACGACUACUUUGGCUUUCUAACCGAUGUUUUUAGCGGCAUUUUCACCGAGGCCAUUAAUCCUGCAACGGCAACUGCCACGACUUCCACAUCCAGCAGCACUUCCAGCUCUCCAUCCAGAAUUUCUUCCUUUACUGGUGCUUCAAUGACCCAGUCAGCGGCUGACUCUUCCGGAGCUGACUCUUCUGCUGCUGACUCUUCUGCUGCUGACUCUUCUGCUGCUGACUCUUCUGCUGCUGACUCUUCUGCUGCUGACUCCUCCUCGGCUGGCUCUGCCUCUGCUGGCACGUCCUCGGCUCAAUCGUCGGCUGGCUCUUCCUCGGCUCAAUCUUCGUCCACUGACACUUCAUCUGUUGCCGGAAUGGGUGGGCACCAGGCCCCCGCGCUUAUCGGUGCAGCUUUGUGUGGAAUCUCUGUGCUCUUUUUAUAA